AUGAACUCGACGGAAGCGAGCCUCGACGUCAACAGAUCAACGCCUAUAUACACUAUUGGCACGAACUUCAUAACACAGUGGAAACUACAGAAGCUGAAGCAACGGACAUGUAUCGCCAGUUCUACUUAUCCUGAAUGUCAAGGCUACUUGAUUAGUAACGCCACCAACUACACUGACGUCUACUUCCUCAAUGGUACUUUGGAUGACACUAUUGAUUUGCAACCCGUCUUACCUCCUUUUCCACUCUGGUUGGCUGUGAUCAUAGCUACGUGCCUGGUAUUGGUCAUCCUGCUAACUGUGAGUGGCAAUGUGCUAGUACUCCUCGCCUUUCUGGUGGAUAGAACUAUACGUCAGCCAAGUAAUUAUUUCAUAGCGUCACUUGCUGCUACCGAUCUACUUAUAGGUACAUUAUCGCUCCCGUUUUAUACAGAUUAUGUCUUGAAAGGUUACUGGCAUUUAGGACCUUUGUUAUGUGACCUUUGGCUAUCCGUUGAUUAUACGGUAUGUUUAGUAUCGCAAUACACCGUCUUGCUUAUAACUGUAGAUCGAUUUUGUAGUGUUAAAAUAGCUGCCAGAUACAGAGCGUGGAGAACAAAAAAUCGAGUAAUAUGGAUGGUAACGGUAACUUGGAUAAUACCAGCAUUACUUUUUUUCACAACUAUUUUUGGAUGGGAACACUUUGUCGGCUAUAGAGACCUGCAAGAAGGGAUUUUUAAAACAGCUUAUGACAUGCAGAAAAAAAGUGAAGCCAAACAGAGAAAGAUGCAAUCAAUGGUUGCCUUAAGUGCUGGUGUUAUGACUGGUAUGGCGGGAAGGGCUGCUGGAAUGGCAGCUCUAUCUAAAGCUACAAUAUCAAGCGAAGAUCAAAUAAAAGUUUCAGAAGCGAUUCGAAAAGACUCUACAUCUAAAGGAUCUCUCCAAGCUCCGCUUCUCAAUUUAGGUGGCUCGACUGAUUCGAAUUCGAGUCAAAAGUCUUCAGCUCAUAAAAGUAGCGCUACUGCAACUGGAACAUCUACAACUGUUGAAUCCGAUGGUGAUAAAAAGGAAGAUCAAGUAGAAGCAGAACGAUCAAGCAGUCCAGCGUUUGACUCUGACGAUGAAAGUACUACUCAAUCCAACGUGAAGAAACGACCGUCUGUUGCCAACUUAGUAAUGCAAACUGGUGCAUUGCAAUUACUUAAUAAUAUGCGUUUAAAUGGUAACAUGCUUAUUAAGCCUGACAUUAAACAAUCGCCCCUUUUGAAAAAUGAAACUGAAAAACCGAAGUCAUCGCUUUCGCAAAUAUCAGAGAAAAGCCUUCUUGAUACAGAAAAUCCCGAUACCUCGCAGAGUAAUGGACAAACUCCAGCAGUAAGUGUACCUCUAUCUUCCGUUAGCUUUAUGUCCCCUUCAUCUUCGGGGAUAGCUACACCGUCUGAAAGAGAAAUAUCAACUACAAUCGCUCAAAGAAUCAUCCCUCCACCAUCAGAAUUUCAAGGUAGUCCAUCCGUAUGUGAUAGUCCACCAUCUCAAUCGGAAUCAUCCAGAGCUAAAAUUUUUAAAUCAAUAAAAAGUGAUAGCACUAACUCUGAUGUGCUGUUAGGUCUGGAUGGUGCUGACUUAAGAUACAUGGAUGAAAGUUCAGUCAUCGUUCCUUCACCUACAAACGAAAGUCCUCCAUCUUCAAUCACAUUUCCAACAGCUACAGAACCAUCAUCUCCUCCUACAUUCAAUUCGGGUAAUGUAACAAAUACUUCCUUAUUACAGGCUGCUCUCAUACGAGCAACAGCUGAAGCUCAAGUAACACAACCCAAAACAAAUUUAUCUCCUCCACCACCUAUAAAAGUUAACACCGAGGUAAGUUUGACAACUGGAGAGCGUCCGAAACCUAUUAUAACCCUUGUAUCGUCGUCUUCCAAUAAUAACGAUGGCCAAUCUUUAAAACAAUCAGAUAGUAAGACCUCGAAAACAAAGUUAAAUGAUACGCCAGCAAUUGAAAAUAGUGACAUUUCUAGUCCAGCCGUAAGUGGGGUGGGCCGAGGAGAUUCGAGGAAAGACUUUGUUAAAAAUAUAGGAAAAAAAUUAAAAGUAAAACGUUCAAAGCGAGACGGAUUAUUCCCGAGUAUUGGUCGACAAAAGUCUAAGUCGGAAAAUCGAGCUAGAAAAGCAUUUCGAACGAUUUCCUUUAUAUUAGGCGCAUUCGUUGUUUGUUGGACCCCAUAUCACAUCUUAGCUUUAGUCGAAGGUUUUUGUACAGAUCCCCCAUGUAUUAAUCAACAUUUGUACAUGUUCUCGUAUUUCUUAUGCUACGCUAACAGUCCUAUUAAUCCCUUCUGCUACGCAUUGGCUAACCAACAAUUCAAGAAGACUUUCACGAGACUCCUACGGGGCGAUUUUCAUAUUACCUAGUCCAUGUAUGUUGGGUACAAAAAUGCGUAAUCUGACGCUGUUAUAUAGCGUUAUAAUUGAAAAUAUUACGCGCACAAUUUAUGUAGAAACUGUAUCAAUUAGAUCGCUAAUUAUAAUAAGACAAUACUAAUCUAUGAAUAGUAUAAAGCUGCUUUCAAUG